AUGAAUCGCCGUAGACCUCACGAAGAAGAAGAUGGAUACGAACGCCUGCACAGGAAACGCCGCCGCGUUUCGGAAAACCAAGAAAUUGAAGACAGAUUAGAGUCACUCAUACUUCGAGUAGGUGAAAAAAGUAGUUCCAGCUUGGAAAGUAAUCUUGAAGGUUUGGCGAGCGUCUUAGAAGCAGAUUUGAGCACAUUUCGUGUUAAAAUAUUGCGUAUUUUGACAGAAUGCGCAAUACGGAUGCCUGAGAAAUGUACCAUCUAUGCAACGCUGGUUGGUCUUCUUAAUGCGAAAAACUACAAUUUUGGAGGAGAAUUUGUUGAUUAUAUCGUGAAAACAUUUAAGGAAAACCUAAAGUGUGGAAAAUGGAAUGCUGCAAGAUACUGUUUGAGAUUCAUAUCUGAUUUAGUAAACUGUCAUGUAUUGGCUGCAUCAUCCCUUUUGACCUUGUUAGAAACCUUAGUGGAUUGUGCCAAUGAGGACUCUGUCCCUCAAGUACGGCGGGAUUGGUUUGUCUUUGCUGUUUUGGCGACCUUACCUUGGGUAGGGAGAGAAUUGUAUGAGAAAAAGGAAUCUCAACUAGAUCACUUAUUGGUAACAAUUGAAGUGUUUCUUAACAAACGCAGUAAAAAGCACUGGCCGGCUCUCAAAGUGUGGUCAGUGGACACGCCACAUCUUCAAGAAGAGUAUUUAGAAUGUUUGUGGUCACAAAUUAAGAAAUUGAGACAGGAUAAUUGGUCAGAGAAGCACAUACCAAGGCCAUAUUUGGCUUUUGAUUCAAUUUUGUGUGAAGCUUUACAACACACACUACCGGCUAUACAGCCACCACCCCACAAUGAUGGAGACACGUAUCCAAUGCCUCGAGUUGUAUUUAGAAUGUUUGAUUACACCGACUGCCCUGAUGGUCCUGUGCUUCCUGGUGCUCAUUCCAUUGAAAGAUUUCUUAUUGAAGAACACUUACAUAAUAUUAUUGAAGCUUAUCACCUAGAAAGAAAGGAGUGUGCAGCCCAGCUCCUCUGCUUUCCAUACAAAAAUAAAAUUCCUCUUGAGUAUUGUAUUGUUGAAGUUAUAUUUGCGGAGUUAUUUAACUUACCAAGACCUAGAUAUUUAGAAAUCUGUUAUGGGUCUAUUCUAAUAGAGUUAUGUAAACUUCAGCCUGCGACAAUGCCCCAGGUUUUGGCUCAGGCCACUGAGAUCUUGUUUAUGAGGAUUGAUAGCAUGAAUGUCGCGUGUUUUGAUAGGUUAGUGAAUUGGUUUUCAUACCAUUUGAGUAACUUUCAAUACAGAUGGUCAUGGGAAGAUUGGGAAGGAUGUGCUCAACUUGAUUUAGAUCAUCCAAAGCCAAGAUUUAUUAGAGAAGUACUCAGUAAAUGUCAAAGGCUAUCAUACCACCAAAGAAUCAAGGAUAUGGUACCAGAAACAUUAGCGGCGUUUGUCCCUCUCAAACCAGAACCAAUAUAUAAGUACUCCAUGGAAGGCGCAGGUGAGAUAAAAUGGCUGUUACAAUUAAAAUAA